CGAAGCAUCCGUUGCAAGACAACCCUUCCGUAUAAUUAUUUCACUUGUGUAUCGAAUGCACUACAAUCUUAUAUUAGUUUCCUGUAUUGUUUUUUUAGAGAAAUGGAUAUAUUUGAUAGUCGUUAUUUUCAAAUAAACAGGUUGACUCUAUCAUGUGUUGGUCUAUGGGUUUAUCAGUCGGCUGCAAAAAAACGUUUGGCAAAAGCUUUAAUUUUCUUGUCACUUACCACAACUUUAAUUCCACAGAUUAAUUUUCUUUUUUCGGUUUGGGGAGAUAUUGAUGCAGUGUUUGAGUGCCUUCCACCUUUUGGGCUCGUCUUGAUUUCCGCCUCUCAACUUUGUCUAUUUGCUUACCACAACAAAAAAUUGUUAAGUCUAGUUGAAUGUAUGAAAAGAGAUUGGAAGGUUUGGUCAUCUGGAAAAGAACUUGAAAUUCUGCAGAUCCAUGCGGAAGAGGGAAAGUAUUUUACGCUGUUAUACACUGGAAUCGUGUUUGGAGCUGUUUUUAUGUUCGUCUUAAUGUCUCUGUCACCUAUUGUUUUAGACAGAAUUAUUCCUCUAAACGAAACACGUCCGAAACAACUAGUAUAUGCAGCAAAAUUUCCCUUCAAUCAAGACGAAUAUUUUGAGUGGAUUGUUGUACAUGGUGCAAUAACUUCAUUUUAUAAUAUGUCAAUUAUAUAUAGUUGCGAAGGAAUGCUAGGAGUUACCACUCAACAUGCAUGUGGAUUAUUUGCAAUAAUUAGCUAUCGGCUGAAGAAUAUAAUAAAGCUUAACGAAGAAAACGUUUGCAGGCAAGAACAACUUGCAGAAGAUAAAAUUUAUAAGGAAAUAUCGUCUACUAUCUAUUUGCAUAACCAAGCACUUGAAUAUGCUAAGACUUUGAACUCCUGCUACUCUCAUUUUCUCUUCAUGACAGUGGGAUUAAAUGUUUUAACCUUGAGCGUAUCGGGAAUACAGACCAUUAACGCGCUAGGCAAUACAGAGAAAACAAUCAAAUUUGGUGCACCUAUGCUUGGUUGUUUUAUCCAUCUAUACUUUAUCAGUUUGCCAGCUCAAAAUCUUACGGAUUGUAGCCUUAACGUAACAAACGAUGUAUAUAAUGGACUUUGGUAUCUCUUUCCCAUUAAAUCAAGAAAAUUAUUAAUACUGAUAAUUCGACGAAGUCAAAACCCAUGUUAUUUGACAGCGGGAAAAAUAUGCACAAUGGGAAUGGUCUCUUUUUCAUCGUUGGUUCAAACAUCACUCUCGUACUUCACCCUACUCUCAUCGGUGCGUUAAUUAUUCUCCAUGCCACUGAAGAUGGAAAUCCAAGACCAACUGACGAAUCAUUCUGCUGUAACAACGUUUCUUUUCAUGCUCUGGUAAAUGUAAUAUUAUGAUACAUCGA